CAGCAGCCAUCCUCUUCGGAACAAUCCCAAACCAAUGCCUGGGAACGGGUGGAGCGGAGAUUCACCAGCAAACCUGCGAGUGAAUACUUCGACCCAUGUCAAGAUUUUGCGGAUCGAAGCCUAAAGUGUAUGAAGCGCAAUGGCUUCGAUAAGGAAAUGUGCUCGGAUUAUUUCCAGGCUUAUAGAGAUUGUAAAAAGCAGUGGGUGAGU